AUGGCUUCUGCUUCCAAUCCUUCGCUCACACCAGACCAAUUCAUAGGUUCUAACUUGAGAGUAGCAAUAAAAGAUGGCAGAGUAGUCACAGGCAUCUUGACUGUAAUAGACCCUUUCGGCAACCUUCUCCUCUCCAAUGUUAUUGAGGAAUCAGAGGAUAUAAUCAGUCCUCCAGGGAUUCACAAACGUGACAUUGGUUUGGUUAGUGUACCUCGAGAAACGAUUGUAACUGUCUCCGUGGAUACGAACACUCAUAGAAGACUAUUUAGUAAGAAGUAG